AUGGCGAGCUUUAUGGCCAAUCUAUUCCCUGGAGGGAAACAGGACAAGGUCGACGCUCGCCCUUCCACACCGAUCAGAAACAGCUUCGUCACCCCUGCCAGUACUCCACAAGGCAGCCCCAGCAAGAGGACGAUACCCCCUGGCGCCAAUGAACUGCCCGGCGUGCUUCAGAGCUUAAAGCUUGGGACACCUACUGCCCUCGACAGCCCUGUGAAGCUUGGCCGACCGCAGAGCGCGUUCAUAACUCCUCUUUCUCCUGGCAAGACGAAUGUGCAAAAUCUCGAAGAGAGCUCCCCGGCUGUUGACGAUAGUGUCCUCCACAAAGGUCCUGCUGCAACCGGCGGCGCCCUGAGAAGCCAUGGGCAGGAGAACACGCCUCCAAGUUUUCCACGGGACCCGUUCACUGAGCCGACAUACCAGCCCAGCCAUGCCGCCAUCUCACGCCAAGAGCUCUACCAGCAGCGAGAUCGGCCUUCGCCGACGGUCAAGCGCUUUAACACGACGCGUGGUCUCACUGCUGAGGAGCGUGAACUUUUGCAGAAGCCAAGCGUCAAGCGCAUGGUCAAUGUCACUCAACUAUACUUCCUUGAUUACUACUUUGACCUCUUGACAUACGUCGGCGCGAGGCAGAAUCGUCUCAACGCCUUCAAGGCGGAAUACCCGGCUCCUCCGGAGACCGAUGAGGAGACAUACAAACAGAUGUGGUCAAAAUACACGGGUCGGGAGCGGGCCAAUCUUCGCAAGAGACGUGUGAGGUUGCGCCACGGCGAUUUCCAGAUUCUGACACAGGUUGGCCAGGGCGGCUACGGUCAGGUCUUCCUCGCACAAAAAAAGGAUACCAAGGAGGUGUGCGCGCUUAAGGUCAUGAGCAAGAAGCUGCUAUUCAAGCUAGACGAGGUCCGGCAUGUUCUGACGGAACGUGACAUCCUUACAACGGCAAAGAGCGACUGGCUCGUUCGCCUGUUGUACUCAUUCCAGGAUGACAAGAAUAUCUAUCUUGCCAUGGAAUACGUGCCGGGCGGAGACUUCCGCACACUUCUCAACAACACGGGUGUGCUGUCCAACCGGCAUGCGCGCUUCUACAUCGCCGAGAUGUUUUGCGCCGUUGACGCCCUGCACCAGCUGGGUUACAUCCACCGCGAUCUGAAGCCCGAGAACUUCUUGGUCGAUUCAACCGGCCACGUGAAGCUGACGGAUUUCGGCCUCGCCGCUGGGUUUCUGGCGCCUGCCAAGAUCGAGUCGAUGAGAAUCCGCCUAGAGAAGGCGUCCGAGACGUCGGUGCCAUUCGGCAAGCCGAUGGAUCAGCGCACAAUUGCCGAGCGGCGGGAAGGAUAUCGCACGAUGCGGGAGAGGGACGUCAAUUACGCCAAGUCGAUCGUAGGCUCGCCGGAUUACAUGGCCCCCGAGGUGUUGAGAGGCGAAGAAUACGAUUACACGGUUGACUACUGGAGUUUGGGAUGCAUGCUCUUUGAGGCACUCACGGGCUUUCCUCCGUUUGCCGGGUCAACCGCCGACGAGACGUGGCGGAAUCUGAACCAUUGGCGAGAGGUCCUCAAGCGGCCGGUGUGGGAGGACCCCAGUUACUUCCUCAGCAACCGCACAUGGAAUUUCAUUACAACUUGCAUCAACUCGCGAUCCAGGCGAUUCUCCAAGAUCAAGGACAUCUACAGUCACCAGUACUUUGCAGAGGUCGACUGGGCAACGUUGCGCGAGACCAAGCCCCCAUUCGUACCCGAGCUGGACUCCGAGACGGACGCGGGCUACUUUGACGACUUCAGCAACGAGGCCGACAUGGCCAAGUACAAGGAGGUGCACGAGAAGCAGCAGGCGCUGGAGAGCAUGGCGGAGCGCGAGGACGAAAUGAGCAAGAGCCUCUUUGUGGGAUUCACGUUCCGCCACCGCAAGCCGGCGACUGACGAGGGCACCCCGCGCAAGCCCAUCCCUUUCGAAGACGAUGCCUUUGGCACUAUGCUGUAG